AUGGCCUCGCCCUUAGACCAGCUUGUCAAGGGCGCCCCGGUGCCUGAAGCCCGCGCUCCCACCCCGGAGCCAUUGGCACAAGCUUCGACGGACUCGUCGUCCCCGCCACAAGCUUCCACGCCAGAUCCGCUGGCCAUCGCCCCCGACUCGCCUCCCCAGAUCUACUUGAAUCUCCUGAUCAUGGAGGCCUCGCUACGGGCACAGUACCUGGCUCUUCGUGAACGCCGCCGCCAGAAUACGUUCUUCCUGCUGCUGUUAGCCACCUGGAUUGCUUACUUUGCCUACGCACUAUUCCUUCGCCCGCGAGAAGAUGGCCGCGGCGUCGGCGGCUCCGUAUAUUGGAUGGUAGAGAUGGGAGAGAAGGUUGCCCUGCUGGGAGGAGUUGUGACCGCGUUGCUGGUUUGGGGCACAGGGCAAUGGGAGCGUGGAAUCCGCUGGCCACGACGCUGGCUCGCCGUCUCCAACCGCGGCCUGCGCACCAUGAACACCAAGAUCAUUGUGAUCCGUGGCCCCUGGUGGCAGGAGUUGCUCUCUUAUAUAUCCUUCCUGUUCCCGUUCUCCAUGCCAUUCUUCCCUUCCCCUACAGGCAACUUUCACCUGAUCGAACGUCAUCCGAACGAAAAGCGCGGUAGUCGGCAGCACUACCAGCAGUAUUACAGUGGUGCAGACAGCGAAUCGGGUCUGGUGGAGGAGGAUCUCAGUCCCGGAGGCGACUAUAUACACCUUCUGCUUUUGCCCAAAUCAUUUUCGCCGGAGUUCCGCGAUAAAUGGGAUCAGUACCGCACCGACUUCUGGUGUGCCGAGAACGAGCGCCGAGCUAAGCUGCGUCACCAACUGCGCGAGCGCGAGCGCCAGAUCGCUCAGGCAGAAGGACGGUGGUUCGGGCGAUUUGGGCUGGGAUGGCGCGCUUCCCGACGCCGCCGUCUGGUUGCUGCCACCUUGCACCGAUCAUUGGAGUCGGAAAGCAAGCCCCGGUUUCAUUCACACCAGCACCAGCCGUCGAUCUCGUCCAAGUUGAGCCAGGAACAUCGUGCUUCCUCUGUGCGUCGGGGGACGCGCUCCGAAUCCUCUCACUCCCGUAACUCAUCACGCAGCACCACCCCUGUCGACGUCGAAGAUCGACCACCUUCACGCUCCUCUGCCUCUGGCCGUCCGCGUCGUGGAAGUACAACACCUUCGUUGUCGGGUGGGGACCAGAGCCCCCAGCAGCGCAAACGGAAGGGCUCAAAGUCCUUGCGCCGUGGGCUGUCACCUCUGACGCAGGCACAAGUGCGCGAAGGUGUGCGAACCCCGUCAUUCUCGUCAGAUGACUCCGUGAUGGUGGGGGACAAGGAGAAGGAGAGCAUACCGACCUCUGUACCUGAAUCGAAUACUGCUGCUUAG